AUGUCUGUCUUUCGUGAUUUUUUCAAUGAUCCAACUUACGAUUCUUUCUACGAUCAAACUUUUGAUUUGAAUUAUCCUUAUACUACUACUUGGAACGAGUGGAAUAAUCCUAGUGACCGUUGGACUAAUUGGCCUAGUAAUGUUACCGACCGUUGGGGAAAUCGCGACUAUGGAACGACUGACAGGGGAACACGGCGUCGUGCACCAAUUCAAGAUCGCAUACCACGUCAUGUCGAGUCGCGCGUUAUGACAGAAAAGGAAGGAGACGUUGUGUGGAGGGAAGGCGUUCCUAGGGAAGAUAUUUCAAUUGACCUCCGUGAUCGUGAACUCAUCGUCCAAGGCGAAUCUAAGCGCGCUGCUACUUAUGAAAGUGCGACGUCCCGUGUUCGCGAACGUAGCCUAGAUCUUACCAUCGAACAAAAAGAUAUCGAAGCAAAAUAUGAGAAUGGGUUACUCGAAAUAAAG